ACCAGUGCUGUUUUAGAACAUUUAAAUUUUGUCCCAUCACCCCCCGCAAACGAUGGCACGUGGAUGCUUCCUGAAAUGGCGGCGGUUUCUGUCAGUGUGGAGUGAAACUUUCAUAUUUUGGGCGGAAAUUUGGUCGUUUUCUAGCAUAUUUUGUCGACUGCAGUCGUCUGUUUAGUAAAGUAAGCAUUAUCGGAAUACAGAGACGUUUGACAGUGAUCGUCGGGGCCGAGCGGUGUCAUUCUAGGCUCCGUUUUUGAUCGCCAAAUCGCUGGGCUUCCCUCGAAGUUGACGGUGGGAGCCUGACAUUACGAUCAUACCGACUGUUGUUAUCAUCAGAUUGCUCAACGCGGAACCGUCAGGUUAGACUGGAGUCGGCCGGGUAGCUAGCUAGCUAGCUAGCUAGCUCGGCGGCCAAAGCGCGUCGAUACGACUCGGCUUUUCGUUGUGCUGGAUUCCGGGCAGGUCGAAGAUCCUGAGGACGUGUCACGUCACCUGUCACUUGCAAUAAAUAGGUGGUGUUGGAUGUCACCGCCAGUCAGUGUCAGGCUGAAUUUGGUUUGCUAGCAUCAUCCAUCCUGGCAAAUCAAAUGGAGAAGCUCCAGGACUUGAGCCAAUCAGAGCUACAGGAGCUCCUCGACAACCCGGAGAGGGUGGAGUCUAUGGCUCUGGAGUCUGACGAGAUCCAGAACAUCCAGCUGGAGAGAGAGAUGGCCCUGGCAUCAAAUCGCAGCCUGGCUGAGCAAAACCUGGACAUGAAGCCUCGUCUGGAGUCACAGAAGGAGGUGCUGGUGGAGAGAUACUCUCAGCUAGAGGCCGUCAGAGAAACCUACAGACAACACUGCUCCCUGAGAGAUGGGAUGGUGGGUCAGGUAUCUCCAGAGGCGUUGUUCUCCCGACUACAGACAGAGGGCAGCAAAACGGAGGCAGAGUCAGAGGCUCUAGCUGAUGAGUUUCUGGAGGGUUCUCUGCCAUUGGACUCCUUCCUCGACCGCUUCCUCUCCCUGCGCUCUCUCGCACACAAAAGACGGGUGCGGAUAGAGAAACUCCAGGAGAUCCUGCGUCAGAGGAGCGAGGGCAAUCCGACCACCAUGACAUCAUCGGCAGGCAUCAGCCAGGAUCCCGCCCCCACGUCCUCACCAUGGAAUCAACACACAACAACAGCAACGAUGACAAAUCAGCAGCAGCCGAACUCCAAACAUCAGUCCUCCAGCUACCAAAACGCCUCGCAGCCGGCCUCCUCGUCUUCAGGGGGCUCCUCUGGCAUUCCCUACAGCCCGUACCCUGCCCCCCCCCCUAACCCAUCCCCUGCGGCAGCAGCAGGCUCCGGCCCAGCCAACCCCCCGUCACAGUUCCCUCCAUACCCAGCUUCCGGCUCACCUUUCACCCCAGCAGGGAGCUACUCCGGCCCCAGGUCCGCAUUCGGGCCUCCGACUUCGGCCGCCUGCCCUUACCCGACCCAGCCCUCCUUCCCUGCCCCACACCCGGGCUCAGCGUUCGGCCAGUACACCCCCAGCCAGCCCCAAAGCGGCCCCGCUCCCUACCCUGCCUCCUACAGCUAUGGCGGCUACAGCUACCCAGCCGGGCCCACCUAUUCCAAUUCUCAGUCGCCAACAGGGAGACCAAUCUACAGACCAGGAUAUGGAGUUCCACAGCCGUACUCCUGAAAGCACUGCUGCCCCUCUGUCUGAUUUCUUCUCCUCAAUUCUUCCCCUCUUUGCUGUCUCACCCUUUUCUUCUCCCUCCAGUCUCCUUACCCUAAUUCCCUCUCCUCUUGUCUUUUUACCUUUUCUACCCUCCCCCUUCCUUUCUCCCAUGCUCCCAGAUUCAAGAGGUCUCUCGCUUUACUUAUCUUUGUUGCACUAUUUCUCUCUUUCUCUAAAUAUCUGUCUGUUGAUCUCUCCGUCUUUCUCUCUUUCCUUUUCCCUUUCUCUGUCUCCCUACAAUCCACCAACUCCCCCACACUAGUCUCAGGUUGUUGCGUUGUGUUUGAGUGUUAAAACACUUGUAUCUGGCCCUUCAUACACUCAGUGUCCUCCCUCUCUCCCUCCCUCCUCCUCUUCCAUUUCAAGUGUGUGUGUGUGUUGCUAUUUGGCAAACAGAAAGACACAAGUGCACUCCCCCCUUAUGACAAAUACAUGAAAAAACUUGUCUUUGCAACACUACAACAGUGUCCAGUAGCUGUCUGACCAGAAUCUGUCGGAAUCAUAUUGUUAUUCAUGAGCACAGUCUGCGCUGAGAGAACAUCUCGUAAUGGAAGGUUUACGUCCUGGGCUAGUUUCAUUAACUCACUUAGAAUUCAAUCAGAAAAGUGGAUGGCUGGUCUAUCAGCUCUUCCAAACCCUUACGUCUGUCAGUUCUUCCAGACCCUUACCUACUCCAAACAGAAAUGUGGCAGGUGAAUUUCAUUAUGCACAAUUACCUGUGGACAGUGGGCAGAAGAACGACCAGUCACCCUUUAUUUUCUUCACCUUGUGACAAUGGCAGUGCUUUCCCCCCCUUUAAUUUAACUCGAACGUUAAAGAGGAAGUUAGCUGCAGCUGUGUGUCAGCAGCUGUGCUUCCCUUUUCAUCAGUGUCACAGCAGAAAGUGGCACAGCGAAGUAUGUUGUUCCAGCUUGGUGACGUAUUUUCAGUUUACUCCCCCUGGUAUUCUGUUCUCAGGAUUGUUCAUCAUUUCAUUCAGUAGAGUUACUGAAGGGGGAACAAGCUCUCCAAACUAAGCAAGCUCUUUAGCUGCUGUCCGAGGUCAGUUCAUCUUGUUUCAAUUUUGUGCUGAAGAGUGAACAAACAUGUUAACCAGUCUUUGUGUGUUUUCCACAGCGCAUCCUAGCCCUACAUUCGAGUCACAGAAAUAAGUGUAAGCUACUGCACUAAUAUAGAUUUUCUCUUUGGCCACUUGGAGGCACCGGAAAGCUUCUUCCACUGUAACAACAUUGAGAUAUUAUCCCCUUGUAAAGAUGAUAUGGCGAUCGUUUUAGCAAACAGCUGCUUGUUUCCGCCUCCAGCAGCUACAGAGCUGCAUGCCGCUUCAUCAGGAGGCGAGUCUGUGUCUCCUGAUGGACGUCAGUCCGGUCUUCUCUCUGUCAGCUCUGUGUUUGGUCUCCAGCAGCUGCUGAGGGAAACAUCUGGCUCUUUAGCUGCUAGAUGCUCCGCUAUGUUCAGCAGCGGCUCUCUGACUGAGUCUGUCUGCUGCUCAGCAGCUCGUGUUCAGCCACUUUUUCACUGAAAACUGCUGCUGCUGCUGGAAACAAGCUUGAUGAGAGCGAAAACCAACAUGAUGAGCUAAAAGAGGUUUUCAUUUUCAGUUAUUAGCAGUCUUUGUUAGCAUAUCUUACGUUCGUAGUUUCAUGUAUGUAGCUUAUUCCACAAAAAUUAGGUCAGGAAGGGAGUACUACCAGAUGUUUGUAAAACAUUACAGAACGUGCUGCUGUGGAAGGCAGAUGUUUGUUACAACAUACGUUAGCUAGCUAGCGACUAAAGUUGUUGGAGACAGAUUGCCAACCUGUUCAACAAAUAUCCACAUCCACAAACACAUCAGGACUAAAGUUUUUCAGCAACUCAAAGCUCUUUUCACCUUUCAGAUGCUUGGGUUGCCAGCUUGUUUAGGGGGCCUGGGGGGAUUGGACCAGUCCCAGCAAAUCCGUAGACUCAGGCAGGUCUGCCUGUUUAUCAACAAAUGCAAAUCCCUACCGAUAAAGGACGGUGUUUUUGCACUCAGAGUAAGUCGGAUGAAAAAGUCUUGUGGAUUAGAGGUGUUAGCAAUGAACUAUGGAUUGUUUGAUGGAGAUUUAGGGGGAGGUAGGAGCGCUGUAGUCGUAGCCGUAGUAACUCCCUGACUCGAGACAAUGAUACCCGCUGGAGUCUCUGUUUGAAUCCGAACCAAACAUGGUUCCACUUCUUUGUUCCCACUUUGUCUGUAUCCUCCCCUCCAACACUCCUGUGUCCUCUCCUCCUCUCCAUCACUCUCCUCCUCCCCACGUCUGCUCAUUGAACAUGAACUGAUGCUUGACAAUGAUUACCAGAAGAAAAUAGUUUGAUUUCCAUCAAACUAGAUUAUCACAUGAAAUUGUUACUUUGAAAUGUAACAUUUCAUCAAACUAAUCAUAUUUUAUCUUUGACAUCUCCCCUCAGCUACUUCAGAGCACUUUCUUGGUAUUAUCACUAGCUAAAAAGCAGCUACACAGUGAAACAUUCUCUCCCUGAUAUUGUUGUAGCAUCAAGUCCUAAAAUUUCCUCCCAGCUCCAACAUCAGCAGUAAAGUGGGAGGACUGGAUGGUGUAACAAUGUCAGGAAGUUUGUCUUUAAACUAAGGUGCCAAUAUUGUCACAUUCAACAUAUGUUGGAAUUUCAGCAUAUUGAGUGUUUCAGAUCACAAUAUUUCUUUCAUGGCUGAGCUGAGCUGUAUCUUGAAGUGACUGAACUGAAUCCAAAUUGGUCCCAGCCUCUAAAAUACUGUACUGCUGUUAACACUCCCCAAAAGCAAAGGAAGGGGAUCAUUGACUCGAGCGCAAAAGGACUACUGAGUUGCAAGGUCAUAACUGAAUGGGUUAUUAAAUUCCAGUUUGAAAAGUGGAAAUGCAGCCAGAUGAAGAGAGUUGGAGGGCAGCUGUGCUGUUAGUGGCUGAGUGACUGCAGGGAGGGCACAGAGCAGCAGCACAGGUUUUAGCAGCAGUUUCUUUUUAUGCCAUGACACUGCGUGCCCAGAGAAUCCAAAAGAUAAUAAUUAGCCUUUUUUUAUGGCAGAGGGCCUUUGACCUGCUGGGCUCUUUAAUAGAGCCGUAAGUGGUGCCCUGAGCAGCAGCGUGGACCAGCAGCCAAUCAGUGACCUCCACAGGCCGACUGGACAUCUGGCUGACUCCAACACCGAGAAGGCACAGUGGUUGCCAUUAGCAAAGGAAAACUCUGCUGGUGGUGUUUUAGUGUUAUUAUUUCUGACCUGUUUUUGAGUUUCCUGGUUUCAGCCGUUAGUUUAUCCAUGGAACGGUAAAACUGACCUUCUGUUUAAACGUGUCUGACCGCUCAUAUUGUCUGCCUGAAUGGACUCCAUUAUAAAGUGUGUCUACCACGUCCGCAGAGCUCAGCAGCAUUCCUGUCAGUUAUCAUAUCUUAUAGAGAUGAUGGGCAACAUGAUGAAAACAAGACCAGGUGGUUUUUAACAAGCAGGUUUUCAAUGGAAACAUCUCUGGUAGCAGGUGCUCAUAAAUAUUCAGUUCCUAAAGUUUGGCAUCACUUUCUUUUCCCGAUGAUUUCUUCAUAUUCAGAGCUAAAUGUGUACCUGGAGUAUGUGCUGUAUAAUACAGAAUAAUAAGCAUUUAACGACUCCAGCUCCAUGAUGCUGUGACAACAUGUGGAUGUCAAAAGACUCAUGGGAGCAGCAGUUGUAUUUUUUGAGAGCACUGGGUGUUUUGCCACUGCUCUCCCAAAGAUCACUACUUAACAUUGGUUCUUUUAGCAGGAAUGACAACAUGGAUAAAGCUCAUCCAACCGCUGACCAACAAAGUUACCUGAAGACGCAGCGCAGGUUUCUGAACGUUACAUCACUAAAGCACAGCCGAUGUUAUGGGCCGGCUUUUUGGUCUCUUAGAAAUGUCCAGAAAAACACUGGCGAUAAUUUCAGAGCCCCAGAAUUUGUACAAUGACAAUGAUUGGUUUUUUUGGUUUGAUGUAGUCGCUCAAAGCUCUACGCUACAACUCCAGAGUUCUUAUUACAAGCCCAGCCGACCUUUUAAAGACAUCAUUUCUUUGGGACCAGAGAAUUUUCUCGAGCAAAGAGCCACCAGACAUUAUAUGAUUGGAACAGCAAAUGGAAAAAUCUCUUUAAAAAGGUGUUGGAUCACUCUUCUGUUCGAUCAGUCAGCAAAGUUUCAGAAUCGACAUUUAUUUAGCAGAAAGUGUGGUGGGUCGCUGGUCUCCUGGUGUGGGGCUGUACUCCUGACAGGCCCGGCACGACGCCGUCAGAGCUAGCACCUGUUCUGAUAAGGCACCCUUUAUUCAUGCUUCAGAAACAAUGCCACCACCUUCUCAGGCUGCAGCCGCUCUUCAUCAGUCCGUCACUCAGCUUGUCUGACUUCUUAGUAACUACCAGCUACUUUCAAACUAAUAAUUCACUAAAUCAGGUUGCACCAUUAAAACUUAAGAAAACUCUUAGUUAGUGGGCUGAAGACUUUAGGAAUGUGUAAAUCGGUUGCUAGGAAACAUCUGUAGCGCUGUCCAAUCCAAAGCUAUCAACUACAUAAACAGGAAGUCACUGUAGCAUCACAAGCCGUAUCCUAACUGACCCAAAGGAUAUAUCAACUAACACCUAAGUGAGUGUUGGGUUUACACGUGCGCUCAUGAAGAACCACGUGUGUGUGUUAGUUGGAUUCAUGCAGUUUAGAACGAUCAGCUAAUGGCAUCAGGUCAUAACAUUUAGUCAUUUGAGGAAUAUUCCAUGAUAUUUGUGAAACAUACUUUAAAGUCUUCCCAGUUCGCAUCAUUAAUAAACAGCAUUUUGAUCCCGCUAAAUCUUCACUCUUUCAUUUAAACGGCUCAUGCUAGCAAGCUAACGUUAGUGGUGUCAGUUAGCUGAUCGACGGUUCCACCUGCAGUUAGUGGGUGUCGAUGUUUAGAAACCACUCGUCUCGACAUAAGAACUAGUUUGUUCUAAGUGAGUGAUGCUCAGCCUGCGCGUAGUGAGCGCCGGAGUUACCGCUAAGCUGAGUCUGAACGGAUGAGCGGCUGCUGUUGGUCCUCGUCCGGCCGCCGCAGUUUGGCAGGGCCGGUCCUCCUCUGCAUUCUUUAACAACUGUUAACAACUGACGGCCCCCGUGGAUUACCAACACUUAUUACUGCAUUAUUACAUUACACAUAUAUGAAAGGAUAAACAGCUCAAUGGGAUUUUGCACAACCUGCCAACCCAAAAUGUGUUCUCAUUAUCUAUAGUUUAGAGCUGAUAUAGAAAUACUAGGAAAUGAUUAAUUAACCAUUUAUAAGCCCUUAGUUCCAAUUGACCUUCCAUUUCUUUAGCUGGUGCUCUGACUCUUACAGUAAGGGCAUUCAACCAUGUGGAUACAGGAGAGACAAGAAUCGUGCGGCAGCAACAGCAGGAGUUGUGUUUUCGGGCCGGUGAUGUCCUGGUGCUGACAUCAUUCUCUUUACUUCUGUAUCUCCUGUGUUUUAGUUCAGUCUUACCUUUUACUCACCCCACACACACACACACACACACACACACACACACACACACACACACACACAGUGUGUGUGUGUGACAACAAGGCAACUCCACUUGAGAUGAAGAUACUGAAACACAAAGCAUGACAAGCUUUUCAUAUUCAACUUUAAGGCAGGAAUGAUUGUAGUGGGUUUGCACUGAGGACGUCAGUGUCCCAGAGACAGAAUGACAAUGAUUACAGUGUUUUAGAAGAAGCACAAGGGAGAUGUUCUAAUAUAGUCUAGCAUUAAUAAUAUCCAGAGGGAAAUAACGUUCAGAUGGAUUAUCCGUUCUUCUGAUGGUGACAUAUGAUGAUCAUGAUGACUGUGGAUUGUUAAAGAGCCUUUUUUGUUUUUUCUCUUUUGGGGUUGUGAAUUAUUAAACAAGUUGAUCUAAA